GGAUGGUGUCUUUAAAUGGUAAGGAUCCUCCGAAUUUUCCUAUGACAGAUUGCAUAGCCAUAGCGUGUCUCUGUCCUUUCUUUUCCUCCUGUGAAUCACCGGACAAAGGAAAACGUUAAUCUGGGGAGGGAAUCUUCAAAAAUUCCUCGUUUGAUACCUUUGGAAACAGUAAAGUAAUAUACACAUUCCUCAUUGCCGAUGGUUUAAUGCCAGUUUCCAUUCAAUUGAGUCAGGGUUGGGGGGGUAAAUUGGUUGAUAACUAGAUUAGGAGGAUUGACGUUGGUAAUUGCAUAAUUGAAUCGAAUUGAGGAGAAUGACGAUGACCACCAUACAAUCGACGCCAGGAAGCUCAGGGUAUUUGGAUUUGUUUCCUGAGCGCAAAAUGUCAUUUUUCAAGAAUCCUUAUAUUCUGGGACUCAGUGCUGUGGCUGGCAUAGGAGGCAUGCUUUUUGGCUACGACACAGGUGUGAUAUCAGGAGCCCUUCUAUAUAUUAAAGAUGAUUUUGAAGGGGUCAGAGAAAGUGAGUUGGUUCAGGAAACAAUAGUGAGCAUGGCAAUUGGGGGUGCAAUAGUUGGAGCAGCAGGAGGAGGAUGGAUAAACGAUGCUUAUGGAAGAAAGAAGGCGACUCUGAUUGCAGAUGUGAUAUUUAUUAUUGGAGCAAUAGGGAUGGCAGCAGCACCAGACCCUCAUCUUCUCAUUCUUGGACGCCUUCUUGUUGGUUUGGGUGUGGGUGUUGCCUCUGUCACCUCUCCUGUCUACAUUGCAGAAGCAUCUCCAUCUGAAAUCAGGGGUUCUUUGGUCAGCACCAAUGUUCUCAUGAUCACUGCUGGCCAGUUCCUUUCCUACAUCGUUAACCUUUCUUUCACGCGUGUGAGCGGCACAUGGCGAUGGAUGCUCGGUGUCUCUGCUUUCCCUGCAAUUCUUCAGUUUCUUCUCAUGCUCUUCCUCCCCGAGUCCCCAAGAUGGCUCUUUAUCAAGAAUAGGAAAAAUGAAGCUGUUCAUGUCCUCUCUAAGAUCUACUACGACCCUGCUCGCUUUCAUGACGAAGUUGAUUUUCUCACCACUCAGUCCGCGCAAGAGCGCCAAAGUAUCAAAUUCGGUGAUGUUUUUAGAUCUAAAGAAAUCAAACUAGCAUUCCUCGUCGGAGCUGGGCUGCAGGCUUUCCAGCAGUUCACAGGAAUAAACACAGUGAUGUACUACAGCCCUACCAUUGUCCAAAUGGCUGGUUUCAACUCUAAUGAGUUGGCUCUUCUUCUGUCUCUCAUAGUUGCCGCCAUGAAUGCUACUGGAACAAUUCUUGGCAUUUACCUAAUUGACCAUGCCGGCCGCAGAAUGUUAGCACUUUGUAGCUUAGGAGGAGUGUUUGCAUCUUUGAUCGUCUUGUCUGUCUCAUUUUUAAACGAAUCAUCAUCUUCGAGUGGAUGGCUUGCAGUGCUGGGUUUAGUCCUAUACAUAGCUUUUUUCUCGCCGGGGAUGGGGCCUGUGCCAUGGACGGUGAACUCGGAGAUAUAUCCGGAGGAAUAUAGAGGAAUUUGUGGGGGCAUGUCAGCUACUGUGUGUUGGGUUUCAAAUUUGGUUGUGUCUCAGAGCUUUCUUUCGAUUGUUGAAGCUAUAGGGAUAGGUUCCACUUUCUUGAUUCUUGCAGCUAUAUCAGUGCUUGCCUUUGUGUUUGUCCUUAUAUAUGUUCCAGAGACCAAAGGAUUGACCUUCGAUGAAGUAGAACUCAUAUGGAAGGAGAGAGCUUGGGGCAACAACUCUGACUCGCGAAACCUUCUUGCUCAAGAAUGAACGCCAAUGCGCCGCCCUAUUAUUAUCAUAUACUGUACUACUAGUUGUAAGAUAACGUGUGAAUUGUGAAAUACACGUCUAAAUUAACAAGACAAGAAAGAUACUAUUACCAAUAUUCAAUUAAGAGAGUGACACUCUACUCUCUAAAUUUUGUAUUCUAAUUUAAAUUCAUCUUAUUUACUGA